UCCAUGUGACAUAGUCUGUCAGGGACACCCCGUUGUCUCUAUUUUUGCAGCUCUUUUCCAAAAGUUUCAUUGUGCUUUUUUGAGUUGUUGCCAACCAUAUCAUUCCUUUCCUUUUUCCUCAUCUUUAACCAGUUCAAUCUCUAAACAACUUUGAAACUGUCACCUUUCUGUAGAAUUCCUAUGGCUACUGAGACUGCUUCAUCAGAUUAUACUUCUGCUACUGAUCAUGAGCAAACUGAGAAGAAGGUGAUUGAAGAAGUAAAAGCUAUUGAGCAAGACAGUGUCUCUUUUUCCAAGGAAAGUGUAGAAGAAGAACCCAAAGUCGAUGAGUCACCAAGUCCAGCAACCCCAUUAUCUAAACUUGAAGAAGUGUCAGAGAAUAAGCACAUUGAGCCUCUUAUACCUGGGGUUGAGAAGACUGACGAUGCUCCUAUUUCAGAUCUUCCAGUUGAAGAUGAUACAAAGGAGGAAAAGCACUCCAUUCCUGAUUCACACACUCCCAGCAUACCAUUGCCAGCGCCAGUGGAAGACACUGGUAAUACCCAACCAGAAGAGCAACCAGCUGUGGAAUCUGCAGUAAAAGAAGCACCAGAACAAGUAGCAAAUUCAUCUCUUGAGAAAGAGCAAGAGGAGAAACCUAAAGUUGUUGAUGCCCAUGAAUUAAUAGCUGAAGCUACUGAGAAACUAGAGGAGCCACUGGAUGUGCUUCCUCCAAAAGAAUCAGAAGCCAUAGGGAUAAAUGAGAUUAAAGAUUCAAAUGUGGAGUCCAUAGAAGUGGAGAAAGUGGAAGCUGCAGCUACUGAAACCGACGAAAAGCUAGGAGAACAAUCUGAACUUACUAAACAAGUUGAGAAAACAUAUGAGGAGGUUCAACCAGAAGUUGCAGUCAUGGAAACCAAGGAAAAGCCAGCAGAACAAUCUGAACUUACUAAACAAGUUGAGAAAACAUACGUGGAGGUUCAACCAGAAGCUGCAGCUAUUGAAACCGAGGAGAAGCCAGUAGAGCAAUCUGAACUGAUUAAACAACUUGAGAAAACAUAUGAGGAGGUUCAACCAGAAGUUGCAGUCAUGGAAACCAAGGAAAAGCCAGCAGAACAAUCUGAACUUACUAAACAAGUUGAGAAAACAUACGUGGAGGUUCAACCAGAAGCUGCAGCUAUUGAAACCGAGGAGAAGCCAGUAGAGCAAUCUGAACUGAUUAAACAAGUUGAGAAAACAUAUGAAGAGGUUGAGACAAAGGGAAGUGUGGAGGUUGAUUCAGCCACAAACACAGGGACUUCGGCUGAAAAGGAUGAGAAUACCCAAUUUUUCAAGAAAGAGCAAACUGAUAAAGCGGAAGAACCUAUUGUAAUCACAAAUUCUAAACAAGUCCUGACUGAUCAAGAAGCUCAGACUGAUCUGAAAGAAGAUGGAGGAGAAUUUUGUCCACCAAGUACUGUCUCACAGAAGGUUGAUACAGAAGACAAAAAGGGGUUCAGUGGGGCUGAUGAGGUUGAAGAGCUAUCAAAGAAGCCAGUGGUGGAGACAGAAAAAGUUGCAGAAGAGAAUGAGGCAAAGACUGUGGAAACUGAAAAAGAGAAUGAACAGAGAAAUUCAAUACCUGAGGAAUCAAGUCCAAUUAAAGAAGGGGAUAUCAAUAGUUCUAUUUCCACAGCUGAAGUUAUUGAAAAAUCAUAUGAGGGAGAGAAUACUGGCAGAGAUGUUGAAGCGAUUGAGGAGAACAAAGGAGAGCAGAAUGUAGAAGACAAGAUACCAGCUUUAGCCGAGACUGAUAAAGACGAGCACUUGGAAGAAAAGCAGGCUGAAGUAUCAACUGAGAGAGAGAAUACUGGUGGCAGAGAUAUUGAAGUGGUUGAGGAGAACAAAGAAGAGCAGAAUGUAGAAGACAAGAUGCCAGCUUUAGCCGAGACUGAUAAAGACGAGCACUUGGAAGAAAAGCAGGCUGAAGUAUCAACUGAGAGAGAGAAUACUGGCAGAGAUGUUGAAGUGGUUGAGGAGAACAAAGAAGAGCAGAAUGUAGAAGACAAGUCACCAGCCAAAACCAACAAAGAUGAGCACUUGGAGGAAAAGCAGGCUGAAGUCACUACAGCCAUUAGUGAAACACUAAAGGAAUCCCAGGAAAAGCAAGCUGAAGUCACUACGAUUGUUAGUGAACCACUUAAGGAAUCCCAGGAAAAGCAGGCUGAAGUCACUACAGUUGUUAGUGAAUCACUUAAGGAAUCCCAGGAAAACACUACAGUUGUUAGUGAACCACUUAAAGAAUCCCAGGAAUCUGAGUUGCAUUUAAGAAGUGAAAAAACUGUAGAAACUGGUGAAGAUAAGUUUGAGAAAGAAAAAGUUGACGAGGUUGCAAAAUCUGAGGUUCAGAAUCUGGAGCCACCUGUCAAUAUUGGUGAUGAGAUUAAAACAUCUCAGGACCAGCCAAAAGAACUACCAGCCAAGUCCACUCAAAAGCAAUCAAAUAACAUUAUAUCCAAGGUAAAACAGUCACUUGUGAAGGCAAAGAAAGCCAUCAUUGGGAAAUCUCCAAGCUCAAAAACCCUCUCCUCUGAUACCAAGGGUGACAUUAAAGUCAAAUAAUUGACAGACUAUGAGGCAUUGUAUAAUUUUAUGCAGACGUGAUAUCUUUUCCAAAUUGUUGUGUGUGACAUAUAUAGCGGUAGCUGCUCGGUUCAUCUGUGUUGCUGUUCUCUCUUGCCUGCUUGCUUGCCUGUUUGAUAUGUAAAGGGUGUAUAUAGAAGGUAUAGUUUUUGUCAUUCUCAAUAUUGUAAAAAUUACAAAGACAUUGUUUUCUGUUUCUAUUCAAUUCUUUGCAGUUGUAUGUAUUGUUUGGGUUUGUAAUUGAUUGAUUGCCAAUAAUGAUCAGGAGAUGAGAACUGUGUGCUUGUGAAGAAAAA